AGAAUCACAAACAUAGUGGCAACACCAAGUCCACAAAAAUCUUAUACUCGGCAAACCUUAGCCUUAGAUAGAUUAUAGAACCUCAACUUCCACAUUAAUCUUUUCCACUAGUUUUUACUACUAUUAUUAUCUGCACUCUUGUUCUCUAAUUAUAUUUUCCUAAUCAUCGUGGACAUGGCAACAACAGCUUUGUCCACAACCACUCUACUUUCCUCUAGAAGAAACCCACAACACAUGUACUUUCAACCCUCUUCAAUUAAAAAUGAAAUUCCAAAAACUGUACAUGUUUCAGUCUCAAAAGACAGUUUUUCAAUCAAUGAAGAGAGUGAUAAAUGUUCCUCUUUGUUGGUGAACAGAAGAACAGUAUUGGUUUCUGGAGUUUCCUUGUUGGGUUUUCCAGGAGUGGGUUUGGCUGUAGUGAAACAAGGUCUUUUAGCUGGGAGAAUUCCUGGUCUGUCUGAGCCAGAUGAACAAGGUUGGAGGACAUAUCGCAGGCCAGAUGAGAAGUCAGGAGGACAUGGUAUUGGAUGGAGUCCUAUUAUUCCAUACACCUUUUCAGUGCCUCAAGAAUGGGAAGAGGUACCUGUAUCAAUAGCAGAUCUUGGUGGCACCGAGUUAGAUUUGAGAUUUUCCAGCUCUAAGGAAGGACGUUUGUUUGUCAUUGUUGCACCUGUUCUUAGAUUCUCUGACGAACUUGGUGAUAAUGCUACAAUAGAAAAAAUUGGACCUCCAGACAAAGUGAUCAGCGCUUUUGGUCCAGAAAUGAUUGGAGAAAAUGUAGAAGGGAAGGUUCUUAGUUCAAGUGUAGCAGAACAUGAAGGAAGAACUUACUAUAAGUUUGAGCUAGAGCCUCCUCAUAUUUUCAUUACGGCCACUGCUGCUGGCAACCGCUUAUACUUGUUUGGUGUGACCGGUAAUGGCCUUCAGUGGAAGAGACACUACAAUGAUUUGAAGAAGAUAUCCGACUCUUUCCGAGUUGUAUAAUUGGAAUUUUCAUUGAAUUGAGAGAUUACGUGUAUGCAAUUUUAUGAUCCGUAGAAUAGUAUACUGUAAUACAGAAGUUUCCAACUACUUUGCUUGAUUGGGAUUUCUGUGAAUCAAGAGAUCAAAUAUGUAAAGUCUUCGUACCUUCACUAUACCAGAACAGUUUUGUUACUUUGUUAUGCUAAAGUAAAUAGUCUGUUAUGAA